AUGCACUCGAGACCUCAAUGCACCAUAUGUUUUUCACCGAUAUCUUUUGAUAAACUUUGGGCGCUAUUUUGUGGUCACACAUUUCAUUUUCGUUGUGCACGAGAAUGGCUAAAAUAUGCCAAUUUGCAAUUGUUGAAGAACAAUAAAACAACAGAAAUACAAUGCAAUGUUUGUUUGAAGCAACUCGAUUUAAAAAGUGUUGCCGCAUUACGUUGCGGUCAUAUCUUUCAUCUUCCGUGUAUUUCACGUCACGUUGAAAGUAAUCAAAAGUGCCGAAUUUGUCAUAAGAAAGCUGAAAAAAAUGAUAUCAUUCCGCAAUUAUUUUUUGACUUCAAACAGAAAGGCGAAAAUAACUCUCAGGAAAAUCCCGAGGAGGAAUUCGACGAUAAUGAUUCUGAAAUGAUGGAUAGGGGUUAUAUGAUUGGUCGUCGCCCGUGGUGCUUAUCACUACGAGAACCCAAUGUGUGUAAAUUCAGUCGAUUUUACUCGAAUUUCACAUAA